CUGUGUGAGGUUUUCAGAAAUAUUUUUCAGUAAUAAUAUUUUUUCUCUCCAAGAUAUUUUCAAUUAAUUCGUACGAAAACGCAUCCCAAAUAGUGCGUAGUGUGUAGAAAAGUGCAUUGUGUAGUGUAUUUGAUGGGGUGGCGUUGGAAAUCUUUGAAAAUAGUGCGGAAAUAUUGAAAGUUUCAAAUUGAGGGCAAAUUUUUGAAUUCGUGAAUUUCUGAAAAUUCUCACUCAAAUCACAACAAUGGAUUCAUUUUCAUCGAGCUAAUGCACGAACCUUCAUCGUUAGAGAAUAAUUUUUGAGGUUUAAUCUCAAAAAACACAAAUUUUUGAUAGUUUUUAGUGAUGAACAACGAUCAGCCACCGAAUCAAAUUAACCAAGACGGUGGCGUUUGGAAUAACGAACAAGAAAAUGACCGAUUGAGCUUUGAAGACUCAGACAGAUUCUCGGAAGGUUCCCUUUGCUCAUGGAGCUCCGAACAGGAAUCUUUAUGUAAUAAUUGGCGAGGAUGGAAAAAGCCAAAUCCAAACAAUAACACAUCGUUUGGUAGUAGUGUACCGAAAAAGCCAACUGAAGAUCCAAUUUCCCUCACAGAAUUAGCAGCGCGCUGUGUUGCUUCUUUCAUUCCUUUUGAACUUGUUGAACAUGUUUUUCCGCCCGUUCCCGAACAAUUACAAUUGCGUAUAGCAUUCUGGAGCUUUCCAGAUAAUGAAGAAGACAUCAGACUCUACUCUUGUCUCGCAAACAGCUCUGCCGAUGAAUUUCAUCGUGGGGAACAACUUUUCAAAACGAAAUGCGUUAAAGAUCCCCUGCAGAUUGGAUUUCAUCUGUCAGCUACAGUAAAUAUUCAAUCACCGAGGAAUCAAUAUAAUGUUGCAGUAACAUUUGAUCGACGACGGAUCUCAUCAUGCAUCUGUACAUGCAGUUCUUCUGCUUAUUGGUGUUCACAUGUCGUUGCUGUUUGUCUCUUCAGAAUUCAUUGUCCAACAAAAGUGAGUUUAAGAGCGCCAGUUUCAGAGUCACUGACAAGACUUCAACGCGAUCAAUUGCAAAAGUUUGCACAAUAUUUAAUUAGCGAAUUACCACAACAAAUUCUACCAACAGCUCAACGUCUUCUUGAUGAAUUGUUAAGCUCACAGCCGACGACGAUUAACACAGUUUGUGGAGCACCAGAUCCGACAGCUGGAGCAUCAAUAAAUGAUCUUACAAAUUGGUAUCUCGAUGAGAAAACACUUCACGAUAACAUUGCCAAGAUUUUAAUAAAGUUUUGCAUGCCCACGCCAAUGGUGUUUAGCGAUGUGAAUUAUUUAACAAAUUCAGCACCACCAGCAGCAGCUGAAUGGAGUUCACUGCUUCGUCCAUUGCGUGGGCGUGAGCCGGAAGGGAUGUGGAAUCUUCUUUCGAUUGUUCGUGAAAUGUAUCGAAGAUGCGAUCGCAAUGCAAUUCGCUUGCUUGAAAUCAUCACUGAAGAGUGCAUGUCUGUGGAUCAGAUCUUAGUUUGGUGGUUUAAUAUAAAGUUGACACUUCUCAUUGGUUACGGAAGUCACAGCGGUGGUAAACAUAACAAUGCUCAUAAUAAUUCAAAUUCAAUGCAACAUGCUUGUGCAUCACUUUGUGAUGAAAUUGUCGUUUUAUGGCGAUUGGCAUCGCUAAAUCCUGGCUUAGCUCCUGACGAACGUGAUUUACUUCAUGCUCAAUUCACGACAUGGCAUUUAAAGAUUCUCGAUCGUGUUACGAAGUGCACUGUUGCUUCAUCAUCACACAACAGUCGACAGCAGCAGAAUAUGAGAAAUGACACGGAAUUAUUCACGGGAUUUAAGCCUGCUAUUGAAGCUUGUUAUCUUGAUUGGGAAGAUUAUCCAAUACCUGGAAUUACUCAUACACAAGACACGAAUCCAAUGUAUCAUUGUCCCUUCACAUGUUUCAAAUCAGAAUCGAAAACUGAUGGCGGAACAACAUCAACUGGUGUCGUCACGACUGUUCAUUCAAGUCAAGCAAUUUUAACGAAUAAUGUUAAACAAUUUCAUUCACAAGCUCAUCAUCAUCACAAUCACAAUCACAUGACGUUAUCAUCACAAGCUGUUGGCGCUUCGUCGUCAUCUGGAGGAAUUCAGAAAGCAAAUCGAAGUCGAAGUUAUGCAUCGAGUAGCUUAAACAGUCAAAGUAGCAGUGACAGUGUCAACAACAUCGAUUUGAAUCCUUGUGUUGUGAAUCUUUCAGCAAAUGAUUCGAAACGAAAUGAUGAUUUUGGUGGAAAUCGUUCAAGUGUGUCGAGUGAAGGAUUUUGUGAGAAUGAAGAUGAGAUUGAUGAUCAACAAAAUGUUCUCAAAGAGUCGUCAACAACAGUAAGAAAAUCUGAAGCUGUUCAAAAUGAUGAGGCGAUGGAAAGUGAAGAUUCGAUUUUAUUAUCAACGACAAAUAAUGAAUCAGCAACACCAGCUAAUGAUGAGAAAGUUGAAGUUAUUCUUCCAAUCAACGAUCUUGUAUCGCCAUCAUCAUCAAAUUCUCUCUCAUCAACAGCAUCAUCGUCAAUUGAAUCACAAAAACAACCACAAAUGACAAUUCUCCCUUCACCAGACUUCAAUUUCGAUGAAUCACAACAACAAACUGAACAACACCAACCGUCGACAUCUUCAGUUGAAAAUUUUGAUGCAAUUCGAAAAGAAAAUUCAAGACGAUCGUCAAAAGAUGAUUCAACAAGUUCUGACAGUCAAACAAAUGAUGAUUUUAAUUCUUUUAACACAUCUAACGAGAUAAAAGUGAAUAACAUUGACAAAGACAAAGAAGUUGGCGUUGUUGGUGAAGAUGAAAUCCAAGAUGGAAUAAACAAAGACGUCGAGUCGUCGUCGUUGUCAGCUCAGGUGAAAAUUAAUGACUUUUUCCAGAAACCAAACGUCUUUCAAAAUCCUCCAGCUGUUCAUGAUCCAAAUGCGAAAAUUCAAAUGUUCUCGAAUCUGAAACCAAGUGAAGACGCUUGGGACAUUUUAUUUGCUCGUGCUGAAGGUUUGCAUGCACAUGGACAUGGACGUGAAGCUUGCAUUCUUGCUGUACGUUUAGCUGAACAAAUGCUUGCUCAUCCUCCAAACUUAAUGAUUGAAAUUCCACCGCCGCCAAAACGAAAAGGCAAAAAGCACAUCAAUCCGAUCUCACAUCAAGUAAGCGUUCUCGCAUCAGCAACACUCGCAAAAUGUGCUUUCUUAUGUACAGUGUUGGCUGAAAAUUCUGAACAUUAUCACAUUGCAUUCCGUGUCUGUUUAUUUGGAUUGGAAAUGCCACGCCCACCAGCAAGUACGAAGCCACUUGAAGUUAAACUAGCAAAUCAAGAAUCAGAUUUGUUGGCACUUUUAAAGAAGAUUCCUUUAGGUGGAAUGGAAUUGAAAGUAAUUCGUGAACGUGCUGAAGCGUUACGUGAUGGAACAUUAAAGACACGUGGUGAAGCUUUACUUCCAAUUAUGCUAGCAAGUUUCAUCUUUGAUGCUUUAGUCAUGCCGAGUGUGACAGGAAAAGAGAAUCGAAUGAAGCUCAUGUGCAGCUCAUAUCGUUAUCCGACAGAUGAGAAUCUCGGCUUUGAAGCAGCUGUUGCAGCUUUGGGAUUGAAAGCGAAUGUCUCUGAAGCUGAACAUCCACUUUUAUGUGAAGGAACGAGAAGACAACGAGGCGACCUGGCAUUGACACUUUUGUCAUAUUAUCGUGAUGAACCGCGGAAGAUUUGUCGAAUAAUGGAGAAACUUCUCGAUCGUGAGAUUCACACACUCAUUAAGACACCGUUGUUGCCAUCAUAUUACUCAAAUAAUCCACCCACACGAAGUCAGUCAUCACAAAUGCGAAUGGAUGCAGAAAUUGAAGCGCAAUACUCAACAAAUGACUUGUUGAAUGAAUUUAAUGGCAAUUCACGACCACAGAGCAGCACGAGUGCUGAAUUAGAGAAUGGAAUGUCAGCAAUGACUUUAAAUCCUUCAAUUGGUACGUCGAAUAAUAUUCAACCAGCAGCAAGCAGCACACCACCACAAAUGAUGUCAAAUACGAUGACUGGAACAAUCUCACGAACAAAGGAUCUUCGAUAUAAAGGAAAGCGAGCUUAUCCAUCGAUUCCCAAUCAACCAUCAGAAGCCAGCGCUCAUUUUAUGUUUGAAUUAGCAAAGAAUGUUCUCACAAAAGGCGGUGGCACAAGCUCAACUUCAUUAUUCACUCAAACAAAUGCUGCUAACAACUCUCACGAUCCACAUCGUGCACUUCAUAUGUGCGCCUUUCAAAUUGGACUUUAUGCACUUGGAUUGCAUAAUUGUGUAAGUCCAAAUUGGUUGUCACGAACAUAUUCGUCACAUGUGUCGUGGAUUAUGGGACAAGCGAUGGAAAUUGGUGCCCCGGCAAUUUCAUUUUUAAUUGACACUUGGGAAGGACAUUUGACGCCCCCAGAAACAGCUGGAAUGGCUGAUCGUGCAUCGUCACGUGGAUGGGAUGGAAAUAUGGUUUACCCAGCAGCUGAAUUAGCUCUCUCAGUUCUUCCCCAUGCUGCUGCUUUAAAUCCCAACGAAAUCCAACGUGCAAUUUUGCAAUGUAAAGAACAAAGCGAUCAAAUGUUGGAACGAGCUUGCAUAACUGUUGAGAAAGCAGCUAAAGGUGGUGGAGUUUAUCCCGAAGUUCUUUUUCAAGUCGCCAAAUAUUGGUAUGAAUUGUACUUACGUAAUACGCCGGGCGCACAGAUUGGCCUUCCAACUUAUCCCUACGCGACAUUUCCAUGUCAACAACUCUACCAGAAUCUGCCGUAUCAUGCUGCAAAUCAAAUGCAAAUGUACAUAUCCCCAUCACAAUUUCCUUACCCGCCGCCACCACAAGCACAUGGAAGUAACCCUGCAGCGUCGUAUGUUCAGCCACAAAUGCCGCCACAAUAUCCGAUGGGACAUCCACAACCACCGCAAGGAUAUCAGCCGAUGCCAUGUGGCAAUGGACCACAACAAUUUCCACAGAUGCCUGUUCAAGUGAAUGUUCCACCGCCGAAUCAACCUGGUCAAAUACCAGGCGCAAUGCAGUAUUUCGCGAAUCCACCGCCUGUGGGGAUUCCACAAGGACCGGGUGGAAUGCAACCGGGAAAUGCUGUGCCGAAUAUGGGACGACAACCUCCACCACCGAUGGUUGUUUUUCCCAACACAAGUGCGUCGUCUGGUGGCAUGAACGUUCGUCAUCGACAUCAAUUUAGCCCGACACAGUUGAGAUAUUUAUUGCAAGCUUAUAAUGUUGGAAUGCUUGCUUUGGAAACUUUGGCGCGUCGAGUUCAUGACGAUCGUCCGCAAGCAAAAUAUGCAAGAAAUCCACCGUAUGGUGAAGACGUGAAAUGGCUUUUACGAAUCUCAAAGCGUCUUGGAACGCAGUAUUUACAUCAAUUCUGUAUUUGUGCUGUUAAUUCUAUCGUGAGUCCGUUUAUUCUACAUGAAGUUGCUAUUGAAUCAGCGCAUUAUCUUGCGAGAAGUAAUUCAAAUAAUUCAGCUUUGGUCAUGCAACAUUUGAGAUCAGCAUUGUUGCCAUUAGUUCAGAAGUGUCAGCAAAUGUACAUUCAAUGCAUUCACACGAAAUUGUAUCACUUGACAGUAGCUGAUUAUGAAGAGUUUACAAACACAAUUUUAUCAGCGAGAGCUGCUUUUCAAAUCACACCCGAAGGUCAUAAUCAAUUCAAAGAUUGGAUUCAAUCGAUAAGAAGAUCAAAAUCAUGUAAGAAGGAAUUAUGGACGCAGAUAAAUGCUGCAAUGCAGAACCAAACGAAAUGACAACGGCUCGAGUCGAUCAGCUCGGAUCAACCAUCAUCAUCAUCACCACAAAAUGGAACAACACAUUACAUGGCGACAGCUGCAGCAACGAAUCAAAUUUUUCCCAUUUUCACACAAAACUCGGGACAAGGUAUGCAAAUCGUUGUUGAUUUUUCCAAUUUAGCUGCUUGUUUGCCACCAUACGAGAAGAAAAUGAAUCCCGAUGAUAAAUGAAGAAGAGGAAGAAAGUAAACAUCACGAUGCUCAAUCAGCAUGUAAAUUAAUUAUCUAACUAAUUCUUUUAGCUCCUCGUGAAUGAUUUUUAUUAUUUUACUUGCGAAAGCUUUCAUGGAGCUUUUUUUGUUUUGUUCUUUUUUCUAAUUCUGGUUUUUCUUUUAAAAAACUUUGACUAAAUUGUGAAGAAAUUUUCUCAGCGAAAUUAAUUUUGUUUUGUGACUGUUGGAAUAACAAUUUAAUUUACUUUUACCUUUUUUUUCGAUUAAUUAAUUAAAUUUAUACUUUUAUGUAAAAUGCCAACAGUUUAGACUGGAAAUAAUUAAAGUAAAGAAAAAAAAAGCGCAACGUUAAUACUUAGAUUUUAUUUUAUGUAAAAAUUAAUUAAUUCCAUUUACCUCCUUGCUAAUUACGUAAUAUUUAGUUUCACAUGUUAAUUAAGAAAUAUUUUUUUCGCCUCUUAAGUUAGCAAAAUUUAUUUUUUCUUUGUUUUCUUUCAUCUUCAAAUAAAUUUCAUUCUCGUGUUUUAGUUCAAUUUUACUUUUGUCUUAAGAAAACUUUUGUUUUAAUUAGAUUGUAAUAAACAAUUGUUCGUGGUGACAGUCUUUGAGAAUUGUAUUGACACGACAUCAUGUUCUUCAAAUAGUUAAUUAAUAUUUAACUAGAUAUAAGAUAAUGUUAAGAAAUAUUUUCGGUUUCUCUUCUUAUCAAGUCCGAAUUCCAAACUUCCCACCCACCCCCUUCAACACACCCCCAAAGAAAGCAAAAUAAUUUCUUAUUGACAACUUUAAAUGAACAAUUCUUAGCAUAAAUAAUCCAACCAACCGACCCAACAAGAAACAAAAAAACUUCUAGAAAGCAAUUCAUCAAAUUUCGUGUUUCCUUUUGCUUCUUAAUUAAAUCUCAGACGCGACAAAAAAGCAAUUGAACUCAAGAAAAAGAAAAAUAAAUGAAAUAUGAAUAUUUAUGAUUGAAACCGUAACUUCGUCUUCUUCUUUCUCACAUAUUAAAUUAUUAAAUAAGAAAAAAAGAAAAGAAAUUGAAAUAAAAAAGAAAGGCUUGUAAAUAGAAUUUUACUCAACUUACUCAGCAACUCAAUAGCUUAAUAAAAAUUAAAUAAAAAACUUUUCAUUCGAUGGUUGUGUACAUUUAUGAUUUCCGACUAUACAUAAAAACAUAAAUAAAUGAAGUAAGAAAUAUUUUAUGAAUUCUUUCAAUCGUCAUUCGUAACAGAAGUUUUUCAUUAAACUUCACUUGUCUUCUUCUCUUCUUCACGAACUUCUUUAUGAAUGUAAAAACAAUAAAUAAAAUAGAAAAAAAUUUAAAAAUCCUUUCACUAAUUUUAUCUCAAGCUUUAUCUCUUUCUCUCUUACUCUUCCAUAUUCGCGUUCCACCUUCACAACGAAAACACUUACUGUACAUAAAUAAAUAAAUAAAUAAAAUCGAUUGACUCAAAUUUUCAUUUUCUUCUUUAUUUAAAGAAAUUUUUCUCUGAAUCUGCAAAAUAUUUAUUGAUGAAUGAUGAAAAAAAAGAGAAGAAGAAAAAUUAAACAUAAAAAGAAAAUAAAAUU